AUGCGCUCCUCGACGAUCCUCGUCCUCACCCUCCGUUCACUCGCCCAAGAGACCAUCAAGAACCUCGUCCUCUCCGGUGUCGGCAGGUUGAUCGUGAUGGACGACAAGGAGGUCACGGAGAUGGACUUGGGGGCGGGGUUGUUGUUCAGGGAAGAUGAGGGGGCGGUCGGUCAGAAGCGGGUCGAAGCGGCCCUCCCGCAGAUCCAAUCCCUAAACCCACUCGUCAAGAUCGACCCAAGACCUACCCUUUCGCCAUUUCAAGAGGGAGGAUCGGAGGAGGAGAUGGAUGCGUUCUUGAGGGAUGAAAAGGUGGAUCUUGUUUGCGCUACGGAUCUUACCAAGAAGGAGAUGAUCAAGCUCAACGAGGCGUGCAGGAGGACAGGCAAGUUGUUCUACGGAGCCGGAUCGUACGGGUUCAUAGGAUACAUCUUUGCGGACCUCGGACAGUCUUACGAAUGGGUCAUGGCCUCGGGAUCGGCCUCGGGCUCGGGGCAAGCGGGGAGCGCGAACGCGAACACGAAGAUGACCAAGAAAAAGGUCGACUGUCGGACCUUGUCCGAAGCGCUGAAGAGCAGUCCGUUUGAAGGGUUGACGAAGAAUCAGACGAAGGAGACUGUCCCGAGCGUUAUUCUUGGCGUGCAAGCGGUCUGGGAGUAUCAAGAGAGGCAUGCAGGGAAGUUGCCGCAGAGUGAAGAGGAGGACUUGGGAGAGCUCGUCGAGAUUGCGGAAUCGAUGAGGAAGGGGUUGAAGAUUAAUGAAAAGUUUAUGAAGGAAGCACCACGAGAGGUCCUCGCUCACCUAGCCAACGGCGCCUCUCACGAGUUCGCACCCACCGCGGCCAUCCUCGGCGGAUUGUUGGCUCAGGACAUCUUGAGAGCGUUGAGCAGAAAGGAGAAACCGGUGAUGAACUUUUUGGCGGUAGAUACGAUGGCGGGGACGGGGACGACGACGAGGUGGGGGAUGGGGGUCGAGCAGGAGGUGUAG